AUGGCACAAUUUACGUCUUUGCCCUCAAAACCCGUUACAAGCCCGCAUCUGAAUACUUUUACUAUUUUACCCUUCUCCCUCCAAAUUCGUCUUCACCGAAAAUUGAGGUUUUUGGAGAAGCAGAGAGAUGCAUUAACCGGGUGGUUUGGAAAAGAUUGCUCCACUUUAGAGCUUGGCUUUGAGUUCGAGGAAGAGCUCAAAACCUUCCAUGACCUGAAAUAUCCAAGGAAAAAUGAGGAAGAAGAAGAGGAGGGGGGGAAAGAAGAGGAGGUUCAAAUUGAUCAUGGAUUGGAUAGGAUUUCUUCUCCGUUGAUUCAUAGAAAUGAUGAGGAGAGUUUCUGCAAAGAAGAACCUUCCGAGGUUGGCCAUGGGUGGUUGAAUGAGGAAUUUUCUCAAAUGGUUGAUGAGAAUGAGGCAGAAAGUAGUUGCAGGAACUUCUUAUUUGAGGUUUCUCAGAAGGUUAUAGACAUGGAACGAUUGCAGAGACUAGCAAGUUUUGGGGUUCCGGAUGAAGGAGGUUUACGUGCCACUGUGUGGAAGUUAUUGACCACUCUUUAG